GGACGAUGGCAGAUUUGUACUGUGGCAGAGCUGAUACGAACGUGACUGCAGUUGAGAUUGGAACUGCUCUGUUCUAAUGGCGUCGAAGCGCAUGUCAUCGCACUCAGAGGGCAAGCUUGGACUGCCACCAGUCAAGCGGCCGCCAAUGCUCAAGCGGAAAAGCAGUAGUCUCAGUGUAUUGGACAUUACAGGCGGAGCUGGCAAGGGUGCAGAGCAGAAGGGAGAUCUCCCGCGACUAGAGCGCAAUACCGGCAGCUUACAGGGCAUGCAAUCAACGGGUGCUGAAAACUCUGGAAUACAAGGCAACAAACUUGGAGAUAAAAAGAAGAAGCGAAAGAACGGAUGGUCCACUGAAAUUGGAGAUUCGCUGCCAACGGUGACUAAAACCUCUGAGUCGCAAGGAGAAAGCAAACCGUCAUUACAAAAAGAUAAACGUUCGCGUACAAGACGGCGUCAUGCAGGAGACAUCGUUCUUAGCCGCCCAGCUACCAUCGCCGUCGUCGUGAAAUAUCAGCUGGGGCAACACGAGCUGAAGAAGUUCAAAGCUUGCUUCAGACAGAUCGAUCUCGACGCGAGUGGUGUCAUCGACUACGAUGAGUUUUUCGACUUUAUCGAUGAAACCAAGACGCCGUUUUCUGAAGGGCUUUUUCGCAUGAUUGAUUCCGAUAGCAACGGAACGAUUGAUUUUGAAGAGUUCGUCCACGCUACUGUGUUGUACUGCAUGUACACACGCGAUGAAAUCCUCCGUUUCGCUUUCGAUACCUUCGACCCCGCCGCCUCUGGUUCCAUUGGCGACAAGGAGCUACGUCGUCUCGUCAGUAUCGUGAACGACGGCCAGUCCAGAUUCUCAGGCAACAUCAACAACGCCCUGACCGAGUUUGACAGAAACAAAGAUGGUGUCAUCGACUUCGAAGAGUUCAAGAGCUUGAACAAGCGCUUCCCAAUGCUCCUGUUCCCUUGCUUCCGUCUCCAGGACCGCAUGCAGAAAGCCACACUCGGUGACAGUCACUGGCUUCAGCUACACAAACGUCUGUACGAACGUCUCAAGACCGAGAAUUAUCAGCGAAAACAUAACGGUGCACUUCCCGCGCUCACUCUUGUCGGCGCAAUUGUCAAGUUCCUUCGACUGGAUAACCGCGACGUGUAUCAGCCUUAACUUUAGUGUCUAAUUUGAAGACGACAUGUGAAUUAGCUCGAGCGGGUAGAUCGGCUUGCCUGACGCGACGUGGUUGAAAUAUGUGACGGGUUCCGAUCCACGGAGCGGCAAUGACGCGACUUGAUCAGCUCGACACCACGUGGCUCCGGCGCUUUCAUAGUCUGGAAUGGACUUGGGCGGCUGGUCGCAGUCCAGCGGCUCGGCGUAGAAUAUGAAGCGCAUUCGAACGUACUCACUGCCAUUACGGUCUUGUUUAGGAUGGUACUCGAGUUUCAGUACCCCCGUAAGACGUAUAUCGAUUCCAGCCUCUUCUUUCGUCUCUCGGAUCGCCGCCUGUGCCGGGUUCUCGCCGCUAUCGAUGCGUCCGCCCGGUAACCAGAAGCCAGAGUUGGCGAAUUCCUGCACAAGUAAGAAGCUGUUGUACUUUCUAUUAUGACACACGACGAGUGCGAACGAGUAGAGCGUCGUGUCGGCCAUGUGAAACUCGCUCACCAUUUCGCGUCGGCCAGGAGGUCCGUGAGCAUUGUGCAUAUGAACCUGGAACGGCCCUCUCGGGGUCUCUCGACAAAUGGGACAGUUGAUCCCGUCCGUGUUCUUCUCGUUGAUAUGGUACAUUGGACAGUGUCUCCAGAGCUGGUCUUCGUCCAUGCCAUUCUUCCCACAGAAUGGACACGUGAAGCCGUCGCGGCCGCCAGAUCUGCCUCUGGAUUUCUGUCUCGAGUGGGAAUUGUAGCCGUGUUCCUGUCCGAUGAAGGCCAAUACGUCCCGUACUGCGUUUAGAGAGUCCGUGACCAUGGAUGCUCCUUCUUGGAAGCACUGGUAGCGGCCCAUUGGAUGCUCUGCGAGCUGCGGACUGAAGACACACAGAAAGAUCUGCUUACUGAUGGUGCGGAUCAUACGCAAUAUUGGGUACAGACGGUGCUCUGAGAGCCCCGACGCCCGGAACAGUACUACGUCGAAGGGGGCGGAAGGCGUGUAGGCCGAGGCUGCGUGUGCGCGCAUGGGAGGCGCCUGCUGGUAAGAUAAGCGCCUGUCGUUGCUGGCGCUGGAACGCGCGUGCGUCUGCAUGAGCUGGUGCAUGACGUCCUGCUCGUCAUUCACCGCCAGCUCCGUGAUAAAUCCUUCAUGGCAACAGGCCUGUACGCAUGCAUUGUCCAGACUAUCGAGUGGCACGUCGUGGCUUGACACAUUGCGGAUGACCAGAGCGCGCUUCAUGAUGCUGCAAUAGUGGUAAUUUAUAGACGAGACGAUGAAAAGUAUUGGUAAUUUAAGUGAAAAUACAAGUUGUUUUUGAUAAUACACAAAACGCGAA